AUGGAAAAAGUAAUAAUUAUAAAUUCAUCUCAAGAAUUAGACUUUUAUCUAAACAGGUCUAUAUAUGUUUUUGUAUUUUACAGUUCAUUAAAAUGUAAUAUUUUUUUUUUAAAAAAAAAAAAAAAUCCAGGCAAUUAUGUUUUAAAUUUAAUAUUAAAGUGCAACUUAAAUAUUUUUUUAAUGAUUUCACAACCUUUUUCAAAAUUAAGUGAACAAUAUCCAACAGUUAAUUUCUUAAAAGUAGAUAUCCAAAGUUUGAUUCAUCCAUUGAUUUCAAAGUUAUCCACCGUUCUUCAUUUCAUUUUUUUAAAAAAUGGUUCUAAAAUAUCAGAGUAUUGUAUGUAUUUGGUUUUUUAUUUUUUUUAUUUAUUUAUCUAUUUAUUUAUUAACCCCAUAUUUUUUUAUUUUUUUAAUUUUUAA